AAAAUUCAUAUUUUAGGUCUUUUGUUUUGCUUUAAUAGUUUGAAAGCCCUAGAGAAAUAACAUUUUGCCAACCUUUAUUUUUUUCAAGUCAGUAAUUCCAAUUUAACUGAGAAGCUAAACUAUGAAAAACACCCUGCUUGUCCUCAGAAAUUUGAUUGCCUUCUUCACAUCAAUUAAGAAUUCUCCUCCUAUUCUGGAAACACCAGGGAAAAAUGGAAUUCCUGAAACACACAAAUAAAGUAUAACCUUCAAUACCAAGGAACAUAGAAUCUGUAAAUGUUGGAAAAGAUCACUAAGGUCAUUUAGUCCAACAUUGAACUCAUCACUAAGAAGUUGUUAUGAACUCAGGUCCAAGCUCUAUGUUGGGAAUCUACUUCCUCUUUUUAUUCUAAUGAUUCAUAGGGUAGUAGUUUCUAUCACAGGUGCAUGUUCCCUUCUCGCAGGCCACAGUAUUGCUUCUGUGCAUUGAUCAAUGGUUUUUAGGAAAAGCAAUAAGAAAUGAACACAGGAAAAAUGAAAGACAAUCAUGUCAAAAAAGAUAGAAGGGAAGGAGGAAAGGUGACAUUAUUUAGGCACUGCACCGGCCUUAAACGUCCUGGCUUUGAUGUAGACUACUAGUAGUUUUGGGCAGGUUGCAUAGGAUGCAAAUUUUGUAGACCUGCAGUAAAUAGGUUCCAAGCAUGGGUUGUUUUUGAGGUAAUAACAUCUUCACAAGGUGAGACAUCCCUUUUAAUUCUUCCUCUGUAAAAUGCGAAUGCAUAGCUGCCUCAUGGGGGUGUUUCCUCUUGUCUUAAAUGUCUGUAUCUCACUGCAAUAAAAUGUUUCACAGCAUGAAAAGUGUUAUUGCGGUUAUGGAGAGCCCUCAAGUUGCUUCGGGAGAACUACAGUAGGAGAAAAGAAACGGGGGAAUAUUGAAUAUUUAAUUUAAAGGGAAGGUUAAAUGUCCAUUGGAAGGACUAUGUGAAGAAAAGCUAUAAAUCUGUCAGAAAGGAUUAUUUAUCUUGUUUCAUUGUCACAAGAACAUCUGUGGAUUGGAAUAAAAGAAAACUAAAAGAUCUUUGGCAACACCAGCAUAAUUAGGGAACAGAAAACAGAAGGGACACUUCCUAAGCUACAGGAAUGGACUGCCACUAUUCUGUCUGGGGAGUUUUGGCCUUUCUGAGUUUGGCUCUGAUUUUUUCAUUGAUAUUGAAUAUUUCACACUAUAUGAAAAAGAAAAAAGAAGCUAAAAUGUAUAAAGACAAUGAAGACAACACUCAAAGCUAUGAUGACUGUUACACAGGAGAUGACCCAGUUUAUGGCAAUCUCAGUCAAGAUAUUUUAGAGGAAUGUUGUUACGAGCAGAUGAAGUCCCAGCCUCAAAGGCCAGUUAACGAACUACAGGUGGAAUCAGUUGAUCAGAUGUGUUAUGCCUCACUUGAUCACAGCGCCAAGGGAAAACGCAGAAAACCAAAGAGGAAGAAAGACCCUCCAUUAGAGAAUGAAGAUGAAAGAUCAUCUAAAUCCAUUACGGCUUCCAAAGUUAGCAUUUACCUCAACAGUGAGCAACUGGCUGCUGAAAAUACAGCAAAUGUAGAAGCCAUUCAUGAUGAUCCCAUAAGAUUGAUGGGUUUGAUUCAUAGGACAAAUGGAGAGAACAUUUGAAGUGGCUUCAUGAACCAUAUAUGAAAUCAAAGUGAGAUCUGCUUUAUUCAUUCUGGAGGAACAGUGAAUCACUAGAGAUAGUAUCCUGGCAAACUUACAGAACAAACAAUGGUGUGAAGCAGCUGAGUGAAAUGUUCCAAAUCAUCUUCUAAGCACAUCUAUGAACUAAGCAAGAAAUAGCUGUAGGUUCAUGCUGCCAUUUUAAAGGACCUGUCCUUCUGAAUACAUUUCGAAAGGGAGCUGUGAACACAGAGAUACCAGCUUCUGCAUGGUAAAGUAAAAAUUAAUCCUUUGUUUAAAAACAACUAGCAACCUUCAUACAGUCCCAGAAGACCCACUAAGUUGCCUGUAGAACUCUCAUAGACUAUGACUAUUCUUCUACAUAGGUUUUAACAGUACUUUUGGAAAGAAAUGGUGUUUCACAUAUGCACACUUAAGGAUUCAGAUGUUUUCCCAAUUAAAAAAGGAUCUGCAUUCAAAA